AUGAGGAACGUCUGCAGGAAGGCUUCCGUUGCAGACAUUGUCUUCCUGGUGGAUGGAUCAUGGAGUAUAAAGCAGAACAACUUCAAAAUCAUGCAAGAUUUCCUAUAUACCCUGGUUGACAGCUUUGACAUUGGGGAAGAUAAAGUCCAGAUUGGUGUGAUUCAGUACAGUGAUCGACCCCGCAAUGAGUUCUUCUUGAAUACUUACCGGCGUAAAGAAGACAUCUUAUACAAAAUACAAAACUUGAAAUACAAAGGAGGGGGUACCAAAACUGGAGAAAGUUUGCAGUUUAUGCUGGACACUCAGUUCAAUGAAAUGGCUGGGAGUCGCCGCAAUGAAGGUGUCCCCCAGAUUGCUGUGGUGAUAACAGAUGGGCAAGCGCAGGAUAAUAUCCGCGAACCCGCAGAGGCCGUCAAGAAUGCAGGCAUCACCCUUUACGCCGUAGGCAUCAAAGAUGCUGUUUUGUCUGAGCUUCAGGAAAUUGCGAGCGAUCCAGAUGAAAUGCAUGUCUACAGUGUGGUAGAUUUUGCUGCUCUGCAGGGCAUCUCCCAAAAUAUAAUUCAGGUGCUUUGUACUACAGUAGAGGAAGCUUCUCGACAAAUCAGCCAGAUUUCUCCAGUGUGUAGAAAGGCCACUGUGGCUGACAUCGUAUUCCUGGUGGACAGUUCAUCCAGCAUUCGUGAGGAGAAUUUUGAGAAGGUGAAAAACUUCCUCAGUGUCCUUGUUGUCAGUCUUGAUGUUGGCAGUGACCAGGUUAGAAUUGGUCUGGCUCAGUAUAGCCGUGAAACCUUCAAGGAGUUUCUGCUCAAUCAAUAUUCUUUGAAAAGUGAUAUUCUGGAACAAAUACAGAAUUUGACCUUCCGGCAUGGGCGCACUUACACAGGUGCGGCACUGGAUUUUAUCAGGACUGGAUACUUCACUAAAUCUGCUGGAAGCAGAAUACAGGAAAGCAUCCCUCAGAUACUCAUUCUCAUCACAGAUGGAAAAUCUAAUGAUGAAGUCAAGAUGCCAGCCAGGAAACUGAGGACAAGAGGAAUCUCUGUUUAUGUGGUGGGAAUUGGUGUCCAGGAUCCGACUCAGCUUCAGGAAAUUGCCAGCAGGCCUUCUGAUAAGUUUUUGUUCAGUAUAGACAAUUUUGAUAUUCUUCAAGAUCUCACUAGAAAUUUUCUUCGGACCGUCUGCUUUGAAGUGGAGAGUCAAAUUAAAGAUUCUUUAAAGCAGUAUGCAGACGUUGUUUUCCUUGUGGAUUCUUCUGAAGCAAUGGAAUCUUCUACCUUUGAAGAAGUAAAAACAUUCAUUGCCCAAGUAGUCGAACAGCUGGACGUUGGAGUUGACAAAUACAGAAUUGGCUUUGCACAAUACAGCACAGAUGGGAAGGUGGAAUUUCUGCUGAAAACUUAUGAGAAUAAGGACGAUGUUCUCCAUCACAUCCAGGACAGUGUUCCGUUCAAAGGAGGCCACCUGCGGACCGCAAGGGCCUUGAGAUUCCUACGAGAUGUUUAUUUUACUGAAGAAGCUGGGAGUCGAUUGAACCAAGGAACACCCCAAUUUACCGUGGUGGUUACCUCAGCGAAAUCUGAAGAUGAUGUUAGAGAAGCCACGCAGGAGCUGAAAGAGACGGGAGUGAACAUUAUAACAGUCGGGGUGUUAAAUUCCAACAGGGAAGAACUGGAUGCAGUCGCUACCUUUCCCUGGGUUUACCAAGUCAACGAUGAGCAGAGCUUCGGCCAAAUUCACAAGGAUGUUGUGGAUAUUUUGGAUGGACCAGCUCAACAGCAACAGUUUGAGGAUGCCCAGGAUGCAAAGGUUCCAGGAGUUUGUUUCAGUGCAUCUGUAGCAGACAUUGUGUUCCUUGUGGAUGAAUCCAGUCGGGUUGGUGAAAAGAAUUUCCAGCUGAUCAGGGCUUUUCUACUCAGGAUUAUUAACGCUCUGGAUAUUGGUCCAAAUAAUGUGCAAGUUGCCUUGGUACUGUACAGUGAUGAGCCAAGAUUAGAAUUCACUCUGGAUACAUUUGAAAACAAAUUAGAGGUCCUGAACUAUGUGAAAAAGUUGCCAUACCGUGGUGGGCAACCGCACACUGGUGCUGCUAUAGACUUCCUGAGGAAAGAGGUUUUCACUAAGGCGGCCGGUAGCAGGCGAGAUCAAGGAGUGCAGCAAUUGGCUGUGGUGAUCACUGACGGCUACUCGUUAGAUUCAUUCAUCAAACCCGCGUCCAGUCUUCGACGUAGUGAUGUUACUGUGUAUGCUGUGGGCAUCCAAAACAUCUCGCAGAGCCACCUGCUACAGCAAAUUGCAUCUCAUCCUCCAAGGAAACACGUCACUAACAUGGCAUCUUUUUUGAAGCAACCAGACAUUGAAUGGAAGAUGAAGAAACAGCUUUGCAAUGAGAUCGUGGAACAAGCAUUUGUAAUCCCAGUGUGGACCCGCAGCCUGAAGGAAGGCUGUGAGCAGACUGAAGAAGCAGACAUCUAUUUCCUGAUUGAUGGGUCAGGCAGCAUCUUUCCAAAUAACUUUAAAGACAUGAAAAGGUUUAUGAAUGAAAUGGUCAAUAUGUUUCAGGUUGGCGCCAACAGGGUUCGGUUUGGGGUCGUUCAGUACGAAAGUGAGCCAAAAACGGAGUUUGCAAUUGGCUGGUACAAUACGAGAACCCAAUUAAAGAAAGCCAUCGAAGCAAUCCAGCAGUCAGGCGGCGGGACUGAAACUGGAAAAGCUUUAAAGUACAUGAAGAGCCUGUUUCAGAAGGCUUCUAGGGACAAUGUUGCAAAGUUCCUCAUCCUUGUGACAGAUGGUGAAUCCCAAGAUGAGGUGAUUAAACCAGCAGUGGAACUGCGAAAAGAAGGGAUUAUGAUCUAUGCUAUUGGUGUCAGGAAUGCUAGCAAAGAAGAACUGGAACUCAUAACAGGGAAAGAAAAUCAGACCUUUUUUGUGAAUGAGUUUGACUCCCUAACACGCAUCAAACUUGAUGUGGCACGGGAUAUCUGUUCCCCUAAGGCAUGCAAGAACUUGAAAGCUGACAUUAUUUUCUUAAUUGACACCUCUGAAAGUAUGACUGACAGACAGUUUACCAUGACAAAGAACUUCAUCCAGGGGAUUAUCGACGAAUCUGAUAUUGGAGCGGAUAAGGUGCAGAUUGGCCUGCUCCAGUACAGCACAGAGCCAAAAGCAGAGUUCGCGCUCAACAAGCACAGGAGCAAAGAGGACCUGAAGAAGGCAAUAUCUGCAAUGAAGCAGAUUAAAGCAGGAACCGAGACGGGGAGAGCUCUGGAGUUUGCCUCUCCUUACUUUGACGAGUCCUGGGGAGGGCGGCCGGACGUAAAACAGCAUCUUAUAGUGGUCACAGAUGGAGAAUCGAAUGAUAAAGUGGAGGAACCUGCUAAAAGACUCAGGGAAAAAGGAAUCAUCAUCCAUGCUGUUGGAAUAGUCAAAGCAGUUUACUCCCAGCUUAAGGAGAUUGCCGGCAUGCCAGAUCGAGUGUAUAUCGAGGACAACUUUGACUCCCUUAUUUACUUGGAAAAGACGAUACUUUUUUAUAUUUGCAAACCUGCGGAGCUUGUAUCAUGCCAAAGGCCUGAAGUCGCUGAUAUCAUCUUUGUAGUGCAUGGGUCAAGAGCUAUUACAGCAUUGCAAUUCCAGGGUAUACAGCAACUCAUGGAGGCCAUUCUUGUGAAAUUCAGCAGGCAGACCUUGUGUUUCUGGUUGAUGGAUCAGCAAGCAUAA